AUGAGAGAUGAAGACGUUAUACCCAUGAAUUGCAUGAUCCUAACGUCGAUCGUACUGGCGUCGAGACUAGAGGAUUCAGUGAUGUUGACAAUAUGGCUGGUAUAUCCAAUGUAUAACCAAUCUGAUGGUUCUAAUACGGAUAUAACUGGACCGUGGGAUCCAGAUUCCAUUAGAAAGAUGAAAAAGUUGAAAAAUACAUCCUGCGAAAUGGAGAUUACAUUCCCCAAUAAUAGAUUUUGCGAUUUAACACUUAAUGUUCUGGAAACUGAACAGGAUUCUAGUGCUGAUCAGGCUAUAAUCAAAUACAACAAAGUGGAUAAUGUGUUAAAUGUGUAA